AUGCAGCUCCAGGACAAUUUUCAGAGAGACAGUACCCCGGCAGAUAGGAAAUUGAUAACGCAGCACGGUGAGAUGUUGGGGAUAAUUGAGGUUUCAGUGGCUCUGAUUGUGUGUCUCCUGAUUGCACAGUUUCUGAAGUUGCAAUGGACACGUAGACGGUUUCCUCCUGGACCAACUCCCCUACCCAUUAUUGGCAACUUAUGGCUGCUGGACUUUAAACUUCACCGAGAAAAUCUUGUUAAGUUAACCAACAUCUAUGGCAACAUUUACACAGUGUGGAUGGGGCAGACACCUGUGAUUGUAUUGAAUGGCUACAAAGCACUAAAAGAUGGCCUUAUCUCCCAUUCAGAAGAGAUUUCUGGACGGCCUCUCACCCCCUUCUAUAGGGAUCUGAUGGGAGAAAAAGGUAUUUUCCUGACAAGCGGUCACACCUGGAAGCAGCAGAGACGCUUUGGUAUGACGUUUCUAAGGCGCCUGGAACUGGGUAAGAAAAGCCUGGAGCACCGAAUACAAGAGGAGACCAGACACCUGGUGGAGGUCUUUGCGAGUCAGAAAGGGAAAUCCUUCGACCCCCAUACCCACAUCGUCCAUGCUGUCGCAAAUGUGAUUUGCACUGUGGUUUUUGGCCAUCGCUUCUCCAGUGAGGAUGAUUCCUUCAACCGGCUCAUCAAAGCCAUCUAUUUUGUGAUCUUCUUCCAGGCCACUAUCUGGGGCAGGAUGUAUGAUGCUUUCCCAUGGUUUAUGCAUCAUCUCCCAGGACCUCACCAGGAAGUGUUUGUGUACACCGAUUUUAUGCAUAAUUUAGUUAAGAACGAAGUCCGAAGUCAUAAGGAGAGAUGGAAAGAAGAUGAUCCACAGGAUCUCAUUGACUUCUACCUGGCUCAGAUAGAAAAAACCAAAGAUGACCCCACCUCCACCUUUAAUGAAGAUAACAUGGUUCAGACUGUGGCUGAUCUUUUGCUGGGAGGGACAGAAACCACAACUAUCACCCUGUGCUGGGCACUCCUCUAUAUGCUGCAAUACCCAGAUAUCCAAGAGAGAGUCCAGAAGGAACUAGACACGGUUCUGGAACCUUCCCAACUAAUCCACUAUGAGGACCGGAAGAAACUGCCUUACACAAACGCUGUGAUUCAUGAGAUCUUGCGCUGCAGCAACAUUACUGCUGUCGGGAGCCCUCGGCAGUGCGUGAAGGAUACAACGGUGCUGGGGUUUCCCGUUGAAAAGGGCACAAUUGUAUUGCCAAACUUACACUCUGCUGUAUACGAUUCUGAACACUGGGAGACCCCAUGGAAGUUCAACCCGAGUCACUUUCUCGAUUCAGAUGGCAACUUUGUAAACAAUGAAGCAUUCAUACCUUUCUCAGCAGGGCAUCGGGUGUGUUUGGGGGAACAGAUGGCAAGAACUGAGCUCUUCAUCUUCUUUGUCAACCUGCUGCGGGUGUUCACAUUCCAGCUUCCAGAGGGAGUGAAGGAAGUCAAUCUGAACUAUAUUUUAGGGGCUAUAUUGCAGCCACAUCCAUAUAAGCUCCAUGUGGUUCCACGCUAG